AUGCUCACCCAGAUUCUCACCACCCUGACGCUGGUUCUCGGGGUCAGCGCCCACUACACCUUUCCCUCGAUCCAGUCCACGGGCGACUGGCAAUACGUCCGCAGAGCAGACAACUGGCAAAGCAAUGGUUUCGUAGGCAGUGUCACCUCCGAGCAGAUGCGCUGCUUCCAGUCCCGUGAAGAGCCUUCAAAGGCGACCUUCACUGUCGCCGCCGGCUCCCAAAUCACCUACAACGCCCUCCCUAACGUCUACCACCCUGGCCCCAUGGCUUUCUACCUCGCCAAGGUACCUGAGGGCCAGACUAUCGAUACCUUUGAUGGUGCCGGCGAUGUAUGGUUCAAGAUCUACCACGAGCAACCCAACUUUGGUGGACAGUUGACGUGGCCGAGCAACGGCAAGUCUAACUUCCCCGUCACGAUCCCCGCUUGCAUCGCUCCGGGAGACUAUCUCCUUCGUGCCGAGCACAUCGGCCUCCACGCCGCCCAAUCCCCCGGCGGUGCCCAGUUCUACAUUUCGUGCGCCCAACUCACCAUCACCGGCGGAGGCAGCACUGACCCGCCCAACAAAGUCGCCUUCCCUGGUGCAUACAAGGCUUCAGACCCGGGCAUCCAGAUCAACAUUAACUACCCCGUGCCGACGUCGUACCAGAACCCUGGUCCUGCUGUGUUCAAGUGCUGA